AUGAAAACCAUUGAACGUUCCCAUAUGCCAUUGAAUCUUUGGGAGAAGAUUUCUCUUUCCGACAAUGCGGAAGAGGCCGAUCGAGAGCUUCUCUAUUGGCCCAAUGCUCUUAUUGAAAAGUGCAAGAAAAGGUAUGCUCGGCUCAGGCAAGUUAUCAAGCAGAUGCGCAGGAUCGCUUCAAAAAAGCCCGAGCAGAAAGCCAUUAUCACCAUUCACUCUCAAAAGAUCGAACGUAGAGAAAAACGGCGAGAAGUAAAAGCAGAAGCUGCUGCACGCCUCGAAAAAUCAAUUGAAAAGGAACUUCUUGACAGAUUAGAGAUUGGCGUUUAUGGCGACAUGUACAAUAUUGUGCCGUCUGUCUUUGAAAAAGUGAUAGAAAAUACGGUUGCAGAUGCAGACCAAAUGCAAGAAGAUGAGGAAAUCGAGUAUGAGGAAGACGAAGAAGAAGAACAGGAAGAAGAAGAGGAAGAGACGUUUGAAAGGGAUGAUGAGCUCCUUCAAUAUAGCGAUGACAAUCUCAACAUGGAGUGUGAGGAUCAAGAGAUUGAAGAGUCUGAUUUGACUGUGCUUUUUCCAAGGAAACAACAAAAGUUGGCUGCACCGGUUGUUCAUAUCGAAUUGGCUACCCAAAUUUCGCAUGUCUUGCAAGGAAAACACAAGCCCAUUUACCAUCCCGCUGUUGACUGCGGCGACUAUGUAGUUGUCACCAAUGCCCGUUCUGUUGCUCUUACAGGCGAAAAGAGCAUAAAUAACUCAUAUGUUUACUAUACUGGAUUUCCCGGCGGCCAAAAGUUCAUGCCAAUCAAGCGAUUGAGGGAUCUCAAUCCUCAGGAAGUUAUUCGGCAUGCUGUAUAUGGUAUGUUGCCCAGGAACAAAACACGGCAUGAGCGGAUGAGGCGGCUAAAGAUAUUUCCAGGCCCCAUUCACCCAUACGAGUCAAAUAUCUUUAAAUCAUACCUCUCUGCCCCUAUUCCACCAGUCGCGUCGAUCAGGCCAAAAGGACUAAUAGACGAAGAUAAUGGCGAAAAGAAGAAGUGA